AAUAUUUAAUUUAUGUAAUGCGAACGACUUCAAAUUGUAUAUGAAGAGGCCAUUUUGAGCAGGAACUUUUUGGCUUUUCUCACGUCCAAAAUCGAAAUCAGUGGGACAGAAAAAAAUAAUAUGCAGCAUGUAUUAUAGUAUAUGUUUAUACAAUUCUAACGACUGUUGUUCUGGUUGCAAACGAUUGUGGACAUUGAGACGUUGCUCCCCAAUGACAAGGGAGCCAAUGCGAUUGAAGCCCUCUCUCGGACUAUAUGCCAUUGUGCACUUGGCUUUGUUGUCCAUGGUUUUGGUAGCAAAUGCUUUGCCACCAGUAAUACGCGUCGGUGCAAUUUUUACGGAAGAUGAACGAGAAGGUAGCGUGGAAUCGGCUUUUAAAUAUGCGAUUUAUCGCAUAAAUAAAGAAAAAAUACUCCUGCCUAAUACACAGCUGGUAUACGAUAUUGAAUAUGUGCCGCGCGACGAUUCUUUUCGAACUACGAAAAAGGUCUGCCGACAAUUGGAAGCUGGCGUUCAGGCCAUAUUCGGCCCAACUGAUCCACUGCUUGCGACCCAUGUUCAAUCUAUUUGCGAAGCAUUCGAUAUACCGCAUAUUGAAGUUCGCAUCGAUUUAGAAGUCAGCGUUAAGGAAUUCUCGAUCAACCUGUAUCCUUCCCAAAAUAUCAUGAAUUUGGCCUAUCGCGAUCUUAUGAUGUAUCUCAACUGGACAAAAGUAGCUAUAAUUUACGAAGAAGAUUAUGGACUUUUCAAACAACAGGACCUUAUUCAUUCAUCCGCAGAGAUGAGAACCGAAAUGUAUAUAAGGCAAGCAAAUCCGGAGACUUAUCGUCAAGUUUUACGAGCAAUCCGUCAAAAGGAAAUUUACAAAAUAAUAGUUGACACAAAUCCAACUAAUAUAAAAAAAUUUUUUCGAUCAAUUUUACAGCUGCAAAUGAAUGACCAUCGAUAUCAUUAUAUGUUUACCACCUUUGACUUGGAGACAUAUGAUCUCGAGGAUUUCAGAUACAACAGUGUUAACAUAACCGCCUUUCGGUUAGUUGAUGUCGGUAGUAAGCGUUAUCAGGAUGUAAUUGAUCAAAUGCAAAAGCUCCAGCACAGCGGAUUAGAUAUGAUUAAUGGGAUGCCAUACAUUCAGACAGAAUCUGCCCUCAUGUUUGAUUCGGUUUAUGCGUUUGCCUACGGACUCAAGCAAUUGGAUAGCAGUCACACAUUAACAUUCAAGAAUCUUUCAUGUAACUCGGACAGAGUUUGGAGUGACGGACUUUCACUGUAUAAUUAUAUAAAUUCGGCAGCAGUGGAUGGAUUGACUGGAAAAGUGAACUUUAUUGAGGGAAGAAGAAACAAAUUUAAAAUUGAUAUACUCAAAUUGAAACAGGAGAUUAUACAAAAGGUGGGCUUUUGGCAACCGGAUGUAGGUGUUAAUAUUUCCGAUCCAACUGCAUUUUACGACUCCAAUAUUGCAAACAUAACGCUGGUUGUCAUGACGAGAGAGGAACGUCCCUAUGUCAUGGUUAAGGAGGAUGUAAAUUUGACGGGAAAUGCUAGAUUUGAGGGCUUCUGCAUUGAUUUAUUGAAGGCCAUAGCACAACAAGUUGGCUUUCAAUACAAAAUCGAAUUGGUGCCAGAUAAUAUGUAUGGAGUUUACAUACCGGAAACGAACUCUUGGAAUGGCAUCGUGCAAGAGUUAAUGGAAAGGCGUGCCGAUUUGGCUGUCGCAUCUAUGACCAUUAACUAUGCUAGAGAAAGUGUUAUUGACUUUACCAAGCCAUUUAUGAAUCUUGGCAUUGGCAUUCUAUUCAAGAUAUCAGAUCGUGCACAAACGAAGUUUUUCUCUUUUAUGAAUCCGCUUGCUAUCGAAAUCUGGUUUUAUAUAGCAUUUGGCUACAUUUUAGUAUCCUUGUGUAUCUGGAUAGUAGCACGAUUAUCACCUAUGGAAUGGGUACGAUCAAAGCCAGCCUGUUCCAUGGCCUGCGAUCAUAUGUUGCGCAAAAUUCGUAAAGCAAAUUAUGCUUACGAUCAUUUGGAGCUGAAAUCGAUUACAAAUCGUUCUGAUGAUGGACAUCAUAAUGAUGAUAAUAAUGAUUCUAAUGAUGUUAAAGAGGACAUUGAAAUCCAUCUUGAUGAUAACUCAGACUCAGAUGAUACUUUGGAAUUAGUCACCGUACAAAAUAAUUUUACACUGAAAAAUAGCUUUUGGUUUGCAAUUGGCGCUCUUAUGCAGCAAGGGGCCGAUCUCUAUCCCAGGGCAACAUCAACCCGCAUUGUUGGUGGUUGCUGGUUUUUCUUUUGCUUGAUAAUAAUCUCAUCAUACACAGCAAAUUUGGCUGCAUUUCUAACAGUUGAACGCAUGAUAACUCCGAUUGAAAGUGCCGCGGAUUUGGCCGAUCAAACGGAAAUUCAGUACGGCACUUUGGAAGGCGGAUCAACUAUGACAUUUUUUAGGGACUCAAAAAUAGGGAUAUAUCAGAAAAUGUGGCGCUAUAUGGAAAACCGAAAGACAUCUGUUUUUGUGAAAACGUACGAGGAUGGCAUCAAGCGGGUGAUGGAAGGCAAUUAUGCUUUUCUAAUGGAGUCAACAAUGUUGGACUAUGCAGUUCAGCGAGAUUGUAACUUAACGCAAAUAGGGGGACUGCUGGAUUCGAAGGGCUAUGGUAUUGCAACACCAAAAGGAUCACCAUGGCGGGAUAAAAUUUCAUUAGCUAUAUUGGAAUUGCAAGAGAAAGGCAUUAUACAGAUACUCUAUGACAAAUGGUGGAAAAAUACAGGCGAUGUCUGCAACAGAGAUGACAAAAGCAAAGAAUCGAAAGCCAAUGCAUUGGGUGUUGAAAACAUUGGAGGUGUGUUCGUUGUUUUACUUUGUGGCUUGGCGCUUGCUGUGGUUGUGGCGAUAUUUGAGUUCUGUUGGAAUUCAAAGAAAAACUUACAUACAGACAAUCAAUCAUUGUGCUCCGAAAUGGCCGAAGAGCUACGAUUCGCCAUGCACUGCCAGGGAUCAAAGUCGAAGCAACGACCAGCGCUCAAACGUGAUUGCCUAAAAUGCGCUCCAGGGUCCACUUAUGUGCCGACUAAUGUAACAAUGCCAAACUUGGGCGUUCAUUAUAACUAUUUUAAUUAAAUCAAAUUUUCAAAACAAAAUUUAAAAGAGAAAAAACGAAAAAUAAACU